CCAAAACGGUUUAUUUGAAGUGAUGAUGCAUCUAGGCAUCAUCAAAUCUCCGUACUCCAAUAGACCAUAACGAUAAACUUACAUUUUAUCAGUCACAGUCGGGAUAUGAUUGUAUGACGCUUGAGGACCCGGUGAGACCGCGGGGAUUUCUGGGACAGGUGGGGAUGUUUCCAUCAUGGCGGCAUCCAUUUCGGGUUAUACUUUUAGUUCUGUGUGUUAUCACAGCGCUAACAGCAACUCCGACCAUGAGGGAUUUUUAUUGGGAGAGGUGAGGCAGGAAGAGACCUUCAGCAUCAGUGAUUCACAGAUAAGCAACACUGAAUUCCUUCAAGUAGUAGAAAUACAUAAUCAUGAACCAUGUGCACAUCUCUUUAGCUUUUAUGAUUAUGCGGGAAAGGUGAAUGAGGAGAAUCUCAACAGAAUUCUGAAGGACCGAAGGAAAAAUGUGAUUGGCUGGUACCGGUUCCGUCGGAACACCCAACAGCAGAUGUCGUUCAGGGAGCAGGUGCUCCACAAGCAGCUGACCACUAUCCUUGGUGUGCCUGACCUUGUCUUCCUCCUCUUCAGCUUCAUCUCCACGGCCAACAGCUCCACACACGCGCUGGAGUAUGUGCUCUUUAGGCCCAACCGCAGGUAUAAUCAGAGAGUGUCCCUCAGUAUACCCAAUCUGGGCAACACCAGCCAGCAGGAGUACAAGGUGUCCUCAGUCCCCAACACGUCCCAAAACUACGCCAAGGUCAUCAAAGAGCACGGGGCCGAGUUCUUUGAUAAAGAUGGCGUGAUGAAGGACAUCCGCACUAUUUACCAGGUCUACAGCGCACUGCAGGAGAAAGUCCAGGCAGUGUGUGGAGAAGUGGACAAAAGUGAACGUGUGAAGGAAAAACUCCAGGAGGAAACAAACAAGCUAAAGCAGCAGAUCACCCUCAGGAAACGUAAGACUGCAGAAGAAGAAAGGAGAUUACAGGAGGCAGACACUGCAGACCAGCGCUCCUCUCCUGAGAGCUCCACAGCACUGUCGGACGCUGCGUCUCCCUCUCCCCGAGCACCUGCUCCACCACUGCUUCCACCACUCUCCUCUCGCCUGGCCUUCCAGCAGACGCCCCCUUCCUCUGCUGACCGAGGGGGAGCGUCCGCUCCUCUCGGGGGCCUCCCUGCCGCGGCCGGUGCCUCGUCAGCUGGUGUGGCCGGCGCGGGCGCCUCGGCCUACAUGGGCGUGCUAGGCCAGGACCCGACCAGAGCCUUGCUGCUGCCGCGGCCUCAGGCGGUGGGCUCGCCGGGCCACCCGUCGCCCAGCCUGGGCCUCGGCAAUGGCGAUGGCUCCAGCUCUGACUCCCUGGACCGGCAGGCGGCAGGACAGGAGGGGGACGACGAGGACGAGGAUGAGGACGAGGACGAGGACAGUAGCGAGUACGAGAACCUGGUCAGCGUGACGACAGCGACGGCGGCGGUCACAGCAGGAGCGGGCGCGGCAGCCACUUCGCCGCUGUCGGCAGAGGUACUGGCCAUGGGGCGGCCGGCAGCACUGAGGCCAGACGGAGACGCACAGGGCUCCUCGACGUCUUAG